CAAUGGGAAAAGUUGGCGCCGGCCGCGGCUCCCCGGCCGGGCUGAGCGCGCUCCUCGCCGGCGCAGGGCUCUUGGUCCUCUGCGCCCCGGGCGCCUGUGGCGGCGGCUCUUGCAGCCCCCAGCUGCACCCCAGUUCGGCCCCACGCUGGGCUUCGACCCCGGGGGGCUUUUUUCACCAGGGACCUCGAGGCAGGGCUCCUGCCACGCCCCUGCCCCUUCUCGGGCGCCCUCUGUUCGCAGUGGCCCCCGGAGACCGAGCGCUGUCCCUGGAGCGGGCCUCGGACACCGGGUCGUCGGUGGCGGUUGCUCCACGCUCUGGCCGGAGGAGACGGAGCGGAGCGGAUCAGGAGAAGGCAGAGCAAGGCGAGGGCGCGAGUAGAAGCCCCCGGGGAGUGCUAAGGGACGGAGGGCUGCAGCAGCCUGGGACUCUGGAGAGGGACCCGGACAAAGCCACUCGCUUCCGGAUGGAGGAGCUGAAACUGACCAGCACCACGUUCGCUCUGACAGGAGACUCGGCACACAACCAAGCUAUGGUCCACUGGUCUGGCCACAACAGCAGCGUGAUUCUCAUUUUGACAAAGCUCUAUGACUAUAACCUGGGGAGCAUCACCGAGAGCUCGCUUUGGAGGUCAACCGAUUAUGGGACAACCUAUGAGAAGCUGAAUGAUAAAGUUGGAUUGAAAACAAUUUUAAGCUAUCUCUACGUGUGUCCUACCAACAAGCGUAAGAUUCUGUUACUCACGGAUCCAGAGAUUGAGAGCAGUUUAUUGAUCAGCUCAGAUGAAGGAGCCACCUAUCAAAAGUACCGGCUGAACUUCUACAUCCAGAGUUUGCUUUUUCAUCCUAAGCAAGAAGACUGGAUUCUGGCAUACAGCCAAGACCAAAAGUUAUACAGCUCUGCUGAGUUUGGGAGAAGGUGGCAGCUUAUCCAGGAAGGGGUUGUACCCAACAGGUUCUACUGGUCUGUGAUGGGAUCAAACAAGGAACCGGAUCUUGUGCAUCUUGAAGCCAGAACUAUGGAUGGUCAUUCGCAGUACCUAACUUGCCGAAUGCAGAACUGCACAGAGGCCAACAGAAAUAAACCUUUUCCAGGCUACAUUGACCCAGAUUCUUUGAUUGUCCAGGAUGAUUAUGUGUUUGUUCAGCUGACAUCAGGAGGACGGCCACAUUAUUACGUGUCCUACCGAAGGAAUGCGUUCGCCCAGAUGAAGCUUCCCAAAUACGCUUUGCCCAAGGACAUGCAUGUCAUCAGCACAGAUGAGAAUCAAGUGUUUGCAGCGGUCCAAGAAUGGAACCAAAAUGACACAUAUAACCUCUACAUCUCAGACACCCGAGGUGUCUACUUCACCCUGGCCUUGGAGAAUGUCCAGAGCAGCAGAGGCCCUGAAGGCAAUGUCAUGAUCGACCUUUAUGAGGUAGCAGGGAUAAAGGGAAUGUUCUUGGCUAACAAGAAGAUUGACAACCAAGUGAAGACUUUCAUCACGUAUAACAAAGGCAGAGACUGGCGUUUGCUGCAGGCACCAGAUACGGAUUUGAGGGGGGACCCUGUGCACUGCUUACUGCCUUAUUGCUCACUACACCUUCACCUGAAGGUCUCUGAGAAUCCCUAUACAUCAGGCAUCAUUGCCAGCCGAGACACAGCUCCUAGCAUCAUUGUGGCUUCAGGCAACAUAGGUUCUGAACUGUCAGACAACGACAUCAGCAUGUUUGUCUCUUCAGAUGCAGGGAACACUUGGAGGCAGAUCUUUGAAGAAGAGCACAGUGUUCUCUAUCUGGAUCAGGGUGGAGUCCUGGUUGCUAUGAAGCACACGUCUCUCCCAAUUCGGCAUCUCUGGUUGAGUUUUGAUGAAGGGAGAUCUUGGAGCAAAUACAGUUUCACAUCUAUUCCACUCUUUGUGGAUGGAGUUCUGGGUGAGCCUGGGGAAGAAACUCUUAUCAUGACAGUGUUUGGACACUUUAGCCACCGCUCUGAAUGGCAGCUGGUCAAAGUCGACUACAAGUCCAUUUUCGAUAGACGCUGUGCCGAGGAGGACUACAGACCUUGGCAGCUGCACAGCCAGGGGGAAGCCUGCAUCAUGGGAGCAAAAAGGAUAUAUAAGAAGCGAAAAUCAGAGCGGAAAUGUAUGCAAGGAAAAUAUGCCGGAGCUAUGGAAUCUGAGCCCUGUGUCUGCACAGAGGCUGAUUUUGACUGUGACUAUGGUUAUGAGAGACACAGCAAUGGUCAGUGCCUGCCAGCAUUUUGGUUCAAUCCAUCUUCUCUUUCGAAGGAUUGCAGCUUGGGACAGAGUUACCUCAAUAGUACUGGGUAUAGAAAGGUGGUUUCCAAUAAUUGCACUGAUGGAGUGAGAGAACGGUACACUGCCAAACCACAAAAGUGUCCAGGGAAGGCCCCACGAGGGCUCCGGAUCAUCACCGCUGAUGGAAAGCUGACAGCAGAACAAGGGCACAAUGUUACUCUCAUGGUGCAAUUGGAAGAGGGUGACGUUCAGAGGACAUUCAUUCAAGUGGACUUCGGUGAUGGCAUCGCAGUGUCUUAUGUCAACCUCAGCUCCAUGGAAGAUGGGAUCAAACACGUCUAUCACAAUGUGGGCAUUUUCCGAGUGACCGUGCAGGUGGACAACAGUCUUGGGUCUGACAACGCCGUCCUGUACUUACAUGUAACUUGUCCCUUGGAGCACGUACACCUGUCUCUUCCCUUUGUCACCACAAAGAACAAAGAGGUCAACGCGACCGCAGUGCUGUGGCCCAGCCAAGUGGGCACCCUCACUUACGUGUGGUGGUACGGAAACAACACGGAGCCUUUGAUCACCUUGGAGGGAAGCAUAUCGUUCAAGUUUACAUCUGAAGGGAUGAACACCAUUACAGUGCAGGUCUCAGCUGGGAACGCCAUCCUGCAAGACACCAAGACCAUCGCGGUGUACGAGGAAUUCCGGUCCCUUCGCCUGUCCUUUUCUCCAAACCUGGACGACUACAACCCAGACAUCCCUGAGUGGAGAAGGGACAUCAGCCGAGUCAUCAAAAAGUCCCUGGUGGAAGCCACGGGGGUGCCAAGCCAGCACAUCUUGGUGGCCGUGCUUCCAGGCUUACCCACCGCUGCUGAGCUCUUUGUCUUGCCAUAUCAGGAUCCAACAGGAGAAAACAAAAGAUCAGCUGAGGACCUGGAGCAGAUAUCAGAACUACUGAUCCACAAGCUCAAUCAAAACUCGGUGCACUUUGAGCUGAAGCCUGGAGUCCAAGUCCUUGUUCACGCAGCUCACUUAACAGCAGCCCCAUUGGUGGACUUGACUCCAACCCACAGUGGAUCUGCCAUGCUGAUGCUGCUCUCUGUGGUGUUUGUGGGGCUGGCAGUGUUCGUCAUCUACAAGUUCAAAAGGAAGAUCCCGGGGAUUAAUGUUUAUGCCCAGAUGCAGAAUGAGAAAGAACGAGAGAUGGUCAGUCAAGUCAGUCACACUGAAAACAGGCCCCAUAUCCCUCAGACUGAACUAAGGAGGCCUGGCCAGCUGAUAGAUGAGAAGGUGGAAUCACAGCUCAUAGGAGAGUAGCUUUACCCUCCCCUCCCUCCCCUUCUGCUCAACCUGGUGACUCAUCUCUCCGAUUGCAAAGAGCAAGACACGCCACUCCACCUUCAACGCCAAAGCGGGGAUCUGCUGGGGCACAAUUUGCAAUUUAAGGAAAAUCCCCAAAGGCUACAGGCGACCUGCUGAUCAGGAAAGAAUUUCGCUCUUGUCAAGUGCAUCAUCCUUCAUGACCACUAACUUUAUGUUUUCUUUCUUUCCUUUGUUGUUCUGUUUCCUAUUUUGCCAGAAAGUAUUUCCAUAGUUGCUGAGAAUCAAAGCACAAAAGAAAUCCCUACCUAUGUAAAUGUUUGAAUGGAGGACGCCAGUAAAAA